AUGUCUGGCUUAUUAACUAAUUUAAAUAUAGAAGGCGGUUAUUUUAAUGAAGAGUUAAAAGAAGAAGCAAAUGAAUCUAAUUUUAUGUAUACCAACAUUAGUAUGCUAAUAAGAGCUUAUAACAAAGAUAAAAAUAAAUUGAUGCUCUUAAAUAAAAAAUUAAAUUUAAUUAAAAUAGUUGGAUUUGUUAUAAAUAUUGAAGAAAAAAAAGAAUUCGUAGUUUAUACAAUAGAUGAUACAACUGGUUAUAUAAAAGCAAAAUUACUUUUAACGUAUUCAUUAAAUUCUUAUAAUGAAACUAAAGAAGAUAUAAAAGUUAAUGAUAUAAUACAGAUAUUUGGUAUUUGUAACACUGUUAGUAUUAAUGAGGAUUUAACUAUUUCAAUAAGUUCAAUUAACAAAUUAAAUUCUUUUAAUUAUUUGUGCCAUCACCAUUUAUUAGUUUUUCAUAACUAUUUAAAAUAUAUAGAAAAUGAUAAAAAAAAUUUAACAGAAAAAGCAAAAAAUGAAUAUGAUGAAAAUGCUUCUGGAAAAAAUAAUGAAAAUCCUUUUUUUAAUUCUUUUUUUUAUUAA